AUGUUCUUUGAUCAUGCACGGGCCGGCUGGGAUCUUCAUGAUGCGGAAAAUGAGCUGUUUUCUAUGAUACAUCUCGAGUCCCUACUGAAAAAGGCGUUAUAUAUCAUCACACAACAGCCGGAUGCAGUUUUCUCGCCGGUUCACGCUGCCCGGGAGGAAAAUCCCGUUCCUGCGGGGGCGGAGGAACAAGUCCAUUUCAUUGCAAACGCUUUGUUAAUGGACGCGUACCCUCCUAACAUGCACUUAUCUCCAAUCGUUUUCGCGCUUGAUGGUGGUGGUAUACGUGGUGUUAUCACGCUCCGUUUCCUACAAGAGCUGGAAAGGCGAAUACCCUUGCCCCUGUGGCAGAUUCCUAAUUUAACGGUAGGUACUAGCGCAGGCGCCCUCAUUGCCAUCGACAUUUUCUGCGAUCAGCGGAAUGCCUCUGAUGCAAUAUCACGGUUUGCAUCAUUUGCUGAGGAGAUAUUCCCUCCCCAGCCUCGGCGAUUGACUUUUGUUGGAAAGGGAUGGGACAUGUUUAAAUUCUGGUUAGAAGAUGCACAGUAUGACUCCAAUGCAUUAGAUGCUGCUCUGAAGAAGGCCUUUGGAGGCUCUCGAUAUUUAUUUCAAUCUCCACCAACCAAACAAACAAGCGGUAGUGUGGCAAUAACGGCAAGCCAGGUAGACGAAAACGGCAAGCUUUGUUUGCUGACUAACUAUCGCCACCUGGGUCACGAUAGCUAUCGGAGAUCCUACACAACAAUCAUUCCUAUGGAGGAAGAACCGCGACUAUGGCAAGCUGCGAGAUGUAGUGUUUCUGCACUCGGAUACUUCAAGCCAAUGUUUCUUCCUGGCAUUGGAUUACUUCAGGACGCUGGUGUUCGAGCAAAUUGUCCGCUCCGAGUUGCUAUACGAGAAACUCUAGACAUGUGGCCUACUAAUGUUGAGCCUAGUCUGGUUGUCAGUGUUGGAACGGGGUUUUCUCUUACCCCCAAGCGCUCACCGCAUCGGAAUGGAUUCAUCCAUCGUGCACUUCAUGCUUUUAUCUAUGGUCCUGCUGUUGACGGGAACGAAGGAUUCCAAGACGCGUAUGAUAAUCUUCCUCGUGGGGCCCAAGAAAACGUGUUCAGACUUAAUCUCCACCUAAAGGACGGGCUACCACAGCUUGAUAGUGUCACGAGCAUCAAGGAUCUCGUAUCUCUGCCAUAUACUAUUCCCGACCGACUCUGUCAAAUGAUUAUUUCACGCCUGUUCUUCUUCGAGCUUGAUACGGAGCCAGCCCACACGGAUCGAGGAAUUCUAUGCACCGGGUCUAUUCUUGUGAAAGGGGACCUUGACAACAUGUUGGGUGCGGUUGAAAGAGAGUAUCAGGAUCCUAUCUUUGCUAUGGUGCCCGGUGCCAAUUUUGGCUCAGUCACUAACCACCAGGGAUGUACUGUAUGCGCUUACUACCGCAAACGUGUUCAAUUCACAGUUUCGACUCCAUCAGAAGAAUUUUCAUUAUCUAUCAAAAGUAAAACGUCCAGUGAAAGGAUUAACGGAUUUCCGACCACACUCUCCAGGAUUCUCAAAUUCCAGGGGGUCGAGGCUUCAUUCGGUAGAUCGGACCACAGGCAUACCUGGAAGCCGCAACGGUCCAUCGAAAAGGCGUAG